AUGCAAAAGAAAUUAGUGAAAAGAAACUCAAAAAAAGUUACCUAUGGUAUAAAGUUACCUCCAAUUGAGCAAAAUGGUGAUAGUGAUUUAAAAACUAUUUUAGAUAUUGACCCACAUUUCUAUUCACAAGUUGAGGGAAGACCAAUUCGAUCGAAUAAUUCCAUCCGCAAAUACAAACAAAAUAUCAGAGAAAUAGCAUUAAAACGAACUCUACAUGGAUUUUUAAUGGAUGAAAUAUUGCGAAUUAAUAGAGAGAUUGAAACAGAAAGAAAAAUAUACAAUACGACUUCAAAACAUUUCGAAGAUUAUCAGCACAGCUUCAAUAAAUUUCUAGAUGACGAUAACAAUAAAACGAUUGUUAUAAUGAAAAAAUCUGACUGUUUAGCUAAAGAAUUGGCAAAUCAAACGGAAGAACAUAAACAAGCAAACUUUGAACUAGCCACCAUUAAGUCAAAAUUACAGUAUAUUCACGAGACUUUACAAAUUCUGCUCUCUUUUCAAUGUUUCUUGCAUAGAGCUGCACCUAUUUUAUGGCAAGAGAGGCAGAAUAUAAACUUAAAUGUAGAACAUUUUGAAAUUCUUACAAAAGAUUGUGAUAUAUUCGUUGAAGUUAACAAGAAUCUAAUCAGAGAGCGAUUGAAUCAAUUGCCUCCCCAACGACUUUAUUUUGAAACUCCCGAUCAACUUCUUACUGUGUUUUAUUUACUUGAGAAACAAAAUCUAAACUACCUUCUAGUGACUGAGGACUUGAACGCUGAGAAGAAUAAGUUUUUGAAGUCACUAAGAUUUCUAAAAAGUCUAUUAUCUCAGGAGUUAGAGUAUAUAAAAGAAAAGAUUAGGAUGACAGAAGAAUUUAUUGCUUGGAAUGAACAUCGAGAAAUUGAGUUGAAGCAUGUUUUCUAUAGAAUAUUGGAAGACAAAAUUCGAUAUUUGUCGUCAUCUGAAACGGUACUACAAAUUUUUAAUUAUGUGCAAUUUGCUUAUGAGCAAGUAAUUGCACCUAAUGAUGCUAAUUUGAGUUCUUUAGAUAUGACAUUAUCUUUAGAAAGGGAAUACAAUAAUUUAAUGUUAGAUUUGUCGGCAUUUGAUUUAGAUGUUAUAAAAAUAACAGAAAAAGAAACAUACGAAAAUGAAGCUAAAGAAACUAAGCGUGCCAAGCAUGCAAGUAAAUUGUUGAAGGAUGUUGAUAAAUUGAGCAAGCGACUUAAAUCCUCCUACGAACCGUCUAGAGCUAAAACUUACGAU